AAGACCGGUGGUCUAUGCGUUUAUAGGUGUGUGGGUUAAUAUUAUCAUUGCUGAUCUAUGGUUAUUAUCGCGUAUGCAUUAUGCACUGUGCUUUCGUUAACGCACUGCAGACACCUCAAAAUAGACCUUCGCGCUGCGUACACACAGUGAAUCCGUAGCGAGUAUAAUGAAACGUCAGAGAGAUCCCGACUUGAGUUAAGUCUAGGUCUCGAUAUAGCAGAAACUAAGACGUCAGAGAGAUCCCGACUUGAGUCAAGUCUAAUAGGACCUUGGGAACGGUGUUCACCUUAUUUGGAAUUUCCUUUUUUCAAUUCAAUGCAGUAUAAUGAACAUUCUUACAGUUCCUAGACGUUCCUACGUACAUUGGAGGGGCGUCUGUGCACGCGAAAACCAGGAACCUGUCUACUCAUCAACAUGUGGGAGGCCGCACAGAAAGCGCGCCACAAACAGCGCGCCAUCGCAUCACGUACGCAGCUAGUCCGUGUAAACAAACCAGCGUGUCUGACUGCGAGUAAACCAUUCACACUAGGCAACGUGACUUGAUCGUUUCCUUGUCACAUUCCUCGCCCAAGGCUCGUCAAAUUCAGCUGGUCAACAAUGGAGAAAGAAAGAAAAGUCUACAAGAUUGUCCUGACUGGAGGACCUUGUGGGGGCAAGACUACCGGGCAGGCCCGCCUGGCAACAUUCUUUGAAAACCUUGGGUACAAGGUUUACAUGGUGCACGAAACGGCUACCUUUCUCCUGUCUGGAGGAAUAAAAUGUGCAGAAUUGAGUGAUGAUGAAGCCUACAAAUUCCAGGCCAACCUCUUGAAGACUCUACUGCAGGCUGAGGAGACAUUCUUCCAGCUAGCUGAGACUUGCCCUAGGAAAUGCCUGGUCAUCUGUGACCGGGGUGCCAUGGACCCCUCAGCCUAUCUAGCUGAAGGCGAGUGGGACAAGAUGAGGGAGGAGUAUGGUUUCGAUAACGUCGCCCUUCGUGACAAACGAUACGAUCAGGUUAUUCACAUGCAAUCGGCUGCCAAUGGAGCAGAGGAGUUUUACACUGGUUCCCAAGGUAACACCACACGAACAGAGAGCUGUAGUUAUGCUGUCAAAGUCGACAAUAUGACCAAGCAGGCCUGGGUGGGCCAUCCCUACUUUGACAUCAUUGACAAUUCCACCGACUUCGAGGGCAAGAUCAAGCGCAUGAUCUCUACCAUCGCAGAUCGCAUGGGCCUUGACAUUGGGGACCGUCUGGCCAAGAACAGCAUCAAGCGGAAAUUCCUCGUCGCUGAACAUCUGGAUGAGAAAAUGUUCCCGCCAUUUGAAGACUUUGAAGUCAAGCACGACUACUUGACCACGUCCAGUGAUGGGACAAGGGCCAGAUUACGGAAACGAGGCCAGAAUGGUAUCUACACGUACAUGCACACAGUUUGCCGUCCAGAAAUCACCCAGCAAGCUAUUACACUUCGAACACCGGUAACCUCCAGACAGUACAAUAUCCUUCUUGCUCAGCGUGAUCCAACACGGUCACAGAUUGUCAAGACACGACGCUGUUUCCUGUGGAAGAACCAAUACUUUCACAUGGAUAUGUUCAGAGAACCCAGCAAUGACAGAUGCAAAGGGCUGAUCCUUCUGGAGACCUACACGACCAUGACCGGGAACGACCUGCCUCUCCCAGAUUUCCUGAAAAUCAGCAAAGAGGUCACGGACAAUCCUGACUACUCCAUGUUCAACCUGUGCAAGAUCUAAAACUUCUCAGUAUUACUACUCAAGCUGUUGAAGUUGAGAACUGACCUGCUGGGAAGCAGUUGAGGGGAAGAUGGUUGUACCGCUGUCUUCAUCUGCAGCUAUUUAUUGAAGGCAAUUUUGCUGAACGGUAUUGAAGCUGUAACAUUUCAGUGAAAUUGAUUUGAAAACUGGGUAAGUUUUUGCAAUAUUUGUCUUUGCUUUUGUUGUGUUGUAUGGGUGGGAGAAGACGCAUGGUAAAGUGCGUCACUGGAAAGUUGCAAACAGGAUCGGAAGUACGUGGUUACAUCGUCCUGUCUUUGCUACACGUUCACCGCCCCUCUUGGCUCCUCCUUCAAAGAAGUAGAUGUGUGGAGACCACCCAGUCUGAUCCACAAGUUGUGUUAACAAAACUCAGUCCAAAUUAAUUGCUUGGGACUUCUGUGAGUUUGGUCAUUUAAUCCCUACUUGGUUUGGCAAUGUUACCCAUCAAAAAUCAUAAAUGAAUAAAUCUCCAAAAUUAAGUUUUGUAUAUCACAGUUGCAGUGCAUUUUUUUAAAAAUACUUCUUUCGGAGAUGUAUAUAGAAGAAUUUAUGUAUAAGUAUUUACGUUUGCUUGUAAAUUGAUGUAAAUAUACUUUUUUCCACCCAUACUUUCAGAGAAGAAUUUUUGUUUUACAUGGUUGAAAGGUGACAAAAGAAUAACUUAAUAUUCAUUCAUUUGUUUUAAUAUUUGAUUGUUUUUUCCCCCCUGACUCGACCUAGCAAAUCUCAUAAGGCAAAAGUUCACAGACUAACCCGAGAAUGCCCCCAAGCAAUUGGAACCUUAUGCCAAACCAACUUUCUGUCAGUGUUCUAAACAUGAAGUGGAGAAGCAAAAAAAUUGCCAACAGAACUUGGCUGUGCAAAAAGAGAGACUAUUACAGACAUCAUCUAUAUGUUCUAAAAGACAUUUGCACUGACAUAAUACACAAUUCAUCAAUGCCACCUUGAAAUAUAUGUGACCCACCAUCCCCAAACCAGGCUGGAGUCGGUAUUUGUGACAUUGGACAAUUCCUCUCCUUCAGCUUUUUUUUUUCACAUUAAAGUGAUCCAUGGUAAAAUUGAAAUUCUGUCUGCAGAAAGCUUCUUAGCUUCUUACGGGUUUAAUAGCUGUAAAACUCCCAUGAAAAUCUGAGCAGAGGAAGUUCCACUGUUUUAGGGUUAUGAAGUUAUCUGCUUCAGCCUGGAUUUGGGAUGUUGCAUCACAUAUAAUGUUAAAGUUGAAUGAAAAUUACUGUAUUUUGGCGAUGACCACCGAAACAUAGUCACUGGGGGCACAGGGGAAAAAAAUCACUAUGCCUUUAUUUGGAAAUACUUCAGACUGAUUUAUACUAGGGUUCCCUCUUAUGCUGACUUGUAUAUUCACAGUCUUGGUGUGGUCUGACAGUUGCCAAAACCUCUAAGCUGUGCUGGAAUUCUUGUGUAUGAAUCAAACUUAGAGUCGAAGUCACCCAGAAUACAAGAUAUGUGAGGAAAAAAUGCCAAGAUUUGGCAAAAUUUACAUGUCUUUUUUUUUAAUGUUUUUCCAUAUUAAUCUACAAGAGAAGCCAUUUACUAAUUUGUCAUAGGAUUUUGACAUGUAUAUUGUUUUGUGUGUUUGUUGUUUUGGUUUUUUUUUUGGGGGGGGGGCAGUUUAUGCAAAGAAAUUUUAUUUUGAGUAUGCAGUGCUUUGAAGAAACAUGUUUUGGGAUGGAACAAUUAUAGUGAUUCCAGGUCAACUAAUUUCAGAUUUUAGUACAAACUUCAACGGAUGUUUCAGGCAGUUAUUAAUGAAAUGAAAAUUGAAUUACAUUACAAUUUGUCUGUUUAUUCUUGAGAUGGGUUUACUUUUUCAUAUUUAUUCGCAACUUCACUUACUUUCACAUAUUUAUUACAUGUAUUGAAUUUCCAUUCCAACAGAAUUUGGUCAAAAUGAAAACCUUAAGUUUUGAUGCAUGUUUACGAGAAUAUUUACAUGUAAAACAAAAUUGUAAAACACUCUUAAAUUGUGAGUGUUGAUCCUUGCACAAUCCUUUUAAAGUGGUGAACUGAAAUACAGAAUUCUCACUUUCUCUGGGUUACGAUUUCCAAACUACAAUUUAAACUCUUUGUAGGGGUUAGUCUGAUGCGUAUGUAUAUAUAAUGGAACAAUACCAGUUUUUAUGUAAUGGUCUGUUUAUUGGAAGUUGCAUCAAGCACAUGAAGCACAAACACAUUGUUUUUGCUUUGUUGGAAGAAGAGAUUAAGAAAAAUGUCAAUUUGUUAAAGAUAUUCAUUUUUAUUGCCUUUCUAAAGUUCCUUCUAUAAAUGGAAAUGAAUUAAGAGGUUUAUGAUCAAGAAAGAUAGUUUUGUUUUCAGAAUUGUUUUGAGAAUUUCUUUUUCAGUACUUCUUGCUAUUGAAAUGAUACAGUUGGAAGAUUCAUUAUGACGCAAAAGAAGAGUUGGGCUCAUUAAAAUUUCUAACAUGAUCCUACACAUAAUCUUGGUGUAAAUUGGUAUUUACACCAUGACUUCCAUGUUGAUCUUUGAAGCCAGGAUUGAAAAUAGGGGAGAAAAUAUAAAAUCAAUGUCAUCCUAAAACGUAGAUAGAAAUAUUCAGUGCUUUAAGCUCAUGACAGGAAAAUUGGCCAUAUAUUUCCAGUCAUGAGCCUAUAGGAUAUUUCCAUUUUACUUAGAACCUAAUCUGUGUCCAAUUCCGUAGAGCCAUGAGGCACUGAACAGCACAUAAACUAUUCAGCCAGUGCAAAUAGAUUACCUGCCAAUGUUGCAUGCACAUUGUGAUCGGAUCUCAGCAGGUUUUGCUAAGCAUAAAAAAUUCCCAAGCAAUGUAUUAUGCCUCACAGCUCCAUGAAAUUAAGUGCAUGGUCCUAAUGUUAAUGUCCGAUUUAUCUGUUAUGAGGGUAUUUUGUUCUUGGCAUGAAAGGAUAGGAAUAAACUACGAAUGGAGUGAUUUACAUGAUCAAUCA